AUGGGUGUGAUGCAUAGAGAUUUGAAGCCCGAGAAUUUUUUGUUGUCAAAAAGAGGUGUUUUGGGGUUUCUUCCGUGUUAUGCUGAUUAUACCAUGUUGAAAGCAAUUGAUUUUGGAUUAUCCGCCUAUAUCGAGGAAGGAAAACUUAACCAAGAGAAAGUUGGAACCGCAUUCUACGUUGCCCCCGAGGUUUUGAGGCGUCAAGGAUACGGAAAAGAAGUGGAUAUAUGGAGCGCAGGGGUGAUUCUAUAUAUGUUACUCACCGGAGUGCCACCUUUUUAUGGUGAAGAUGAGAAAGAGAUAUUUCACGCGAUAAUGAAGGCAGAUCCCGAUAUGGAGAACUACCCGUGGCCGUUGAUUUCAAAGAACGCGAAAGAAUUGGUGAAGAAGAUGCUCACGGUGGAUCCAAAGAAACGCCCAACUGCUGCGGAUGUUCUUAAUGAUCAGUGGUUGGUGGACAAUGGUGUAGCAACCAAAAAUCCAAUAGAUGAUGAGUUUCUUGUUAGGAUGAAGAACUUUAGAGCUAUGAACAAAUUCCAAAGAUUCGCACUCCAGGUUAUUGCGGAUAUCAUCCCACCAGACGAACAGGAGGGACUAAAAGCAAUGUUUCAUAAUAUAGACACAGACGAAGACAAAAUUAUCACACGUGAAGAACUUGAGAAGUCAUUAGUUAGGGUCGGAUCAAAUCUUGGGUCUGAAGAAAUCAAAAUAAUAGCUGAAGCUGCUGAUGCAGAUAGGAAUGGAUUGAUCGACUACAAUGAGUUUAUCACAGCCAUGAUGAACUUUCGAAGAACUUAUAAAGAGGAACACCUUCGUAAAGCUUUUCAGAAAUUUGACAAGGAUGAUAACAAACGUAUUUCAAAAGAUGAACUAAAAUCAAUGUUGGAAGAAUAUAAAAUGGGAGAUGAGGCUGCCAUUAAAGAUAUAAUAUCAGAAAUUCAAGUGAAUGUUGAUGGUGAAAUCAACUAUGAAGAAUUCUGUAAAAUGAUAAGAAGCUAA